AUGUUGGUGCUGAGCUGUUCUUCCAAAUUAUUGGCACUGGAGAAAAUAUUGAAGAAUCACUUUCCUGAAUCACUCAAGGUUUAUGGAGCAGUUAUGAACAUAAACCGUGGGAAUCCCUUUCAAAAGGAAGUUGUGUUGGAUUCAUGGCCAGACUUUAAAGCUAUCAUCACUCGGCGACAGAGAGAGGCUGAGGCAGAUUACCUGGACCAUUACACUAAUGCUUACGCUGUAUUCUACAAGGAUGUCAGGGCUUACCAACAGCUACUGGAAGAACAGGAUGUUAUUAACUGGGAUCAAGUUUUUCAAAUACAAGGACUACAGACUGAGCUGUAUGAUGCUUCCAGAGCCGUCGCCAGUUCAAAGCAGCUGGAUGUAAAGCUAGCUUCCUUCAAGGCUGUGCACUUUCCUCCUAUUUCAUCUCUGCCAGACUCCAGUUUCCUCAUGACAUCUCCCCCGCGCCUGACCCACCUGAGUGUCAGUGAUGCUGAUCUACUCAACCAGACUUGGUCAAGGGGUGGCAACGUGCAGUGCCUCCGGUACAUCACCAACCUCAUCUCUUGCUUUCCCAGUGUGUGUAUCCGUGAUGAAAGUGGGCACCCGGUAUCCUGGGGCAUCACAGACCAGUUUGCCACCAUGUGCCACGGCUACACCCUCCCUGACCAUCGCAGGAAAGGUUACAGCCGGCUAGUGGCCCUCACACUGGCCAGGAAGCUGCAGAGCCGGGGAUUCCCGUCUCAGGGAAAUGUCCUGGAUGACAACUUGGCAUCUAUCAGCCUCUUGAAGAGUGUCCAUGCUGAAUUCUUGCCUUGUCGUUUUUAUAGGCUGAUUCUUACCCCCAGGGCUUUCUCUGGGAGAGCUCAUCUUUAGCCCAGUAAAACUCUAGGGAUUUUCUUCCUUUCCCUAAACACGUACAUGCUCUUGACUGUCAAGGAGGGGAGGGGAGAAAAACCUGUAAUCGGGAGACUCUUGAGCUAUUCAAAGGGCCUGGAGAAGACAUGCACCAUCCUGAGAAAUGUGAAUGAACCCCAUCUUGAUUUUCUACUGUAAAUAACUGCAGGGGUUGGAGGGUCUGUGCUUGAGAACAGAGGUUUGUCUUCUUUUAGGACACACUAUAGGGAAGAAAUUCCUUGAGCCAGGAAUUCUCAGCACAGUGGCAGAAAUGAUUGGGUGAGAAUAAGAGACUUCACACAGGAGUUGCUGCUUUAUUCCAUGGGCUUCUGCUCCAUAUUUUCACUCCCAUACCAGUUCUCUUACUGCCAUAGAUUCCCCCGUCCCCUGGUAUGUCUCUCCAACCUCUAGUCCUACC